CCAGCUAAUCCGCUUCCCUCUACUUCAUCAUGCCACUGGUGGUCCUCUCAAGGGCCUCGUUACUGUUCCAUUCUAGGCCACUCAUGGCGCAUUUUAGCAGCAGCGGCAGGAGGAUGUCAGGGAAGGCUCGAUUGAGAGGAGUGGUAUUCGACAUGGACGGAACCCUAACGGUUCCUGUUAUAGACUUCGCGGCAAUGUACAGAGCCGUUUUGGGAGAAGAAGGUUACGCUGCCAUAAGAGCCAAGAGCCCUUCAGGUAUCGAUAUCUUGCACCACAUCGAGACGUGGACCCCUGAUAAACAGCAGAAGGCUUAUGAGAUCAUCACUGAUUUCGAGCGACAAGGCCUUGAUCGCCUCCAAAUCAUGCCAGGAGCAAACGAACUCUGUGGAUUUCUUGAUUCUAGAAAAAUAAGAAGGGGUUUAAUUACUCGAAAUGUCAAGGGGGCCGUUGAUUUGUUCCAUUUACGGUUUGGGCUGGAGUUCAGUCCAGCACUUAGCCGGGAGUUCCGCCCUUAUAAACCAGACCCAGCUCCAUUACUGCACAUUUGUUCAACUUGGGAUGUUCAGCCCGAUGAAAUCAUCAUGAUUGGUGAUAGCCUCAAAGAUGAUGUCAGAUUGUGGGGAAUUGAGAAGAAGCAUAAGCAGAGGAUGUUGAAAUGGAUUUAUGGGAUGCCUAGGGAGGAUAUUGUCAAGAAUGAGGUCAUUUGAAGAAAAUACAGAAGAAAUGUCGCAGACAUUGCAUGAAAUAUCUGGAAUAUCACAGAUAUUGUGGUUAUAUCAGCCAAUAUCAACGAUGUUUAUCAUCAAUAUCUUCUAAAAGGUGGUGUCUUCAAGGAAGAUAUUGUAUGACACGUGGGAAAACAAGAAAUUGGCCAAUCUUGUUGACAUUUUGAAUGCUGGACAAUUCCUUGGGAAGUUUGGGGAUAAUGGGGGUGGGAGGAGCCGUAAGGGAUGGAAUAGGCUAAGACCAUUCACAUUUAUUCAGGUCCAAUUAGAGAGUGGAUUCUAUUGAAGCCAAGGUUCGUGCACUUUGAGUAGCAAUCAAGCAGCUGCCCUUAUAAUUAGAUUGCCUUAUAUUGGUUGAAGGAGACUGAAUUUCCUUAUAUGAGUCACCUUGUUGGGUGUCUCUCUGUGGUUCUUUGCCGAUUGGAAGAAAUCAGGUUUGUUUGUGUGAAGCUCUUGCUGUACAGAAUCAACAAAUUUCAAGGCAGAUUCCCUACCUAGGUUGGGUGUCUGUUGGUCUUCUAUUCAAUUUGAGAGUGUGUAUCAUAGGUUGUAAAUCUUUCUUUCUUUGAUAU